CGAGUCGUGGUCCGACACGCUGCUUGCUAUCGAGUGCAAACGAAUAAUCAGAUAUCGAAAAAAUGCGGGAAUGCAUAUCCAUUCACAUAGGACAAGCGGGCGUGCAAAUGGGAAACGCCUGUUGGGAGCUUUAUUGUCUGGAGCAUGGUAUUCAUCCAGACGGACAAAUGCCCAGCGAUGUUAGUGUGGGCUCCGGAGAUGAUUCCUUUAACGCAUUCUUUUCCGAGACUGGUUCGGGGAAGCAUGUCCCACGAGCGGUUUUGGUCGAUCUCGAGCCAACGGUAGUAGGCAAGUAUGAAGUGCGCACGGGUACUUACAGACAAUUAUUCCAUCCGGAACAAAUGAUUACCGGGAAGGAAGAUGCGGCUAAUAAUUAUGCCAGAGGCCAUUAUACAAUAGGAAAAGAAAUCAUAGAUCUCACUUUGGACAGAAUACGCAGACUGACAGAGCAGUGCAAAGGCUUGCAAGGCUUCUUAAUCUUCCAUUCUUUCGGCGGUGGCACAGGCUCCGGAUUCUCGAGUCUGCUUAUGGAACAACUGUCCGCAGAUUAUCCGAAGAAAAGUAAACUGACUUUUAGUAUCUAUCCAGCCCCACAGGUAUCGACUGCAGUAGUGGAACCUUAUAACGCAAUUCUGUACACUCAUCCGACGUUAGAACACAGCGAAGUGGCUUUCAUUGUAGAUAAUCAGGCCAUUUAUGAGUUAUGCAGGAGGAACUUAAAUAUUGAUCGACCGACUUAUACGAAUCUGAAUCGGCUGAUUGGACAAAUAGUCUCAUCCAUUACCGCCAGUUUACGAUUCGAUGGAGCCUUGAAUGUCGACCUCACUGAAUUCCAAACGAAUUUAGUGCCUUAUCCACGUAUUCACUUUCCACUCGCUACGUAUGCUCCGGUUCUAUCAGCAGAGAAGGCUGGGCAUGAAAGAGUAACCGUCUCGGAAAUAACAAACUCUUGCUUUGAACCGAAUCAUCAAAUGGUGAAUUGUGAUCCGCGCAUGGGAAAAUACAUGGCAGUAUGUUUGCUUUACAGAGGCGACGUGGUACCCAAGGAUGUGAACGCGGCGAUCGCGAUGAUAAAACGCCAGAAGCAUGUGCAAUUCGUCGAAUGGUGCCCGACGGGAUUCAAGGUGGGAAUAAAUUAUCAACCACCCACCGUUGUACCAGGUGGAGAUCUCGCGCGAGUAGAAAGAGCUGUUUGCUGUCUCUGCAACACGACAGCGAUCGUGGACGCAUGGGCUCGACUUGAUCACAAAUUUGAUCUCAUGUAUGCCAAGCGAGCUUUCGUACAUUGGUUCGUUGGGGAAGGCAUGGAGGAAGGUGAAUUCUCGGAAGCCCGGGAAGAUCUAGCCGCCUUGGAGCUCGAUUAUCGCGAAGUGCAAGAAGAUGCUGUUAACACCGAGGAAGAAGAGGAAUACUGAACUCGCCAUCAUUAUAAUAAUUUAUACUAAUACAUGUUGUAUAACACGUUCUAUCAUUAUGUCAUAUAAGUCUUUGAUUUACAUUACCUAUUAUCGUUAACGAUAUCCUUACUUAAGAUGAAUUAUUGUAUCCGUAUAAAUAAAUUAUUUAUACAUUCUAG